AUGAAACUUUUUGCUCCUACUGCACUCCGUAGUUAUCUGCUCAAGUAUUACCAUGAUCAUCCUACAGCUGGACAUCUGGGCAUUGCAAAAACUCUGGCACGCUUGCGUCUCAGAUUCUUCUGGCCAAACAUGACCUCUGAUCCGUCGUGGGAUGGAAUGGACGAACCUGAGACUUCUUACUCGGAUCACCUGAGAGCUUCGAUUCAAGAUGCUCAUGACCAUGCUCGUACGGUUCUCGCAGAAAGUCAUACAAGGCGAAAGCAUUACUAUGAUCUGAGACGACGCCCAGUCUCUUUUAAAGUUGGUGAUUUGGUCAGAGCAAAAUCGCACCCAAAGUCAGAUGCAUCAUCUAACUUUUCUGCAAAGCUAGCACCUCUCUACACUGGUCCCUACCGUGUCUACAAAAAGAUGUCUGAUGUGAACUAUUGUCUAACUAAAGCAGACACUGGAGAGAAAGCUGGAGUAUUUCAUGUUGCAAACCUUCAACCAUUCUACACCUGGGCUACAGCUCCAUCUGACAAACACUCAAAGCAAAAGGCUUCUGCAAAUUUGGAUUUCAGUUUGCCAGACAGCAGCUUACCCCCUGCUCUUUUGGACAGAGGGCCUGACUGUGAUGUUGUCGACACUGCUAUUGUCUCU